AUGUUUGUCGCUGUUGUCUUGCCAGUGUUUUUGAUUGUGCCUUUUUUGCUCUGGGCAUUGAUAGUCAUGCAUAAUACAGCUACAAAACCCUUAUUGCUAGCACAUAUACCACCAGUCGACUCCAAACAGGCUGUUUUGCUGGUCACUGCUCAUCCAGAUGACGAGUGUAUGUUCUUUUCUCCAACAUUGUUAUCGCUAGCAAAAACUACAGAGUUAAAAUUACCCGACUCAAUGACACAAGAAUGGGACUUUGAUGUUAUUCUUGAUCAUGUUGCAUCGCAUAUUUUAGCUAAAAAAAUAGAUGCAAUUAUUACAUUUGAUGAUUAUGGAGUAUCUGGACACACAAACCAUCGAGCUAUUUAUCAUGCCAUGAAACAAGGCAAGUAUACAGGCAAAAUAUCCAUUCCAGUAUACUCUUUAGAAAGUGUAUCAGUGCUUCGAAAAUUCAGUUUUCUUUUGGACGUGUGCUGCACUUACAUGGCAAAUAUUUGGGUCAAGCAAAGUGAAUCAAAUGGAGCUAUUGUGUCUUUAAAUAAUCCAACUCGUCAUGUAUUUGUUGCAAACAUGAAAGAGUACAAGGCUGGUCGCGAAGCCAUGUUUGAGCAUGCAAGUCAAUUGGUUUGGUUUCGGCACCUAUACUUAGUAUUCUCUCGAUACAUGAUAAUCAACACCCUCAAGCUUGUUGAAUAA